AUGAGGAGGAGAGGGGAGGAGAGGGAGGACAGCGCCGAACUCAUCGCCAUGGAAACCGAGCCGGAGAAAGACUACGGCAGCAUCACCACGAAUGCACCUGUUCAGCGUCCUGAAAGGAACGUCUUCAGUGACGGGUCGACUCGAGUAGAUUUUGUGUUGGUGUGGGAGGAGCCUCUGAGCUCAGAGAAGGACGAUAGCAAAGGUGUUAACCCCGCCCACAAGAGGUGGAGGACGGUGUUUCUGAACAAACUGAGAGGCUCCGGACUGCUGCAGGAGCAGAAGGAGGUCCUGGAGGCCAAGACAAAGAUCUGUUUUGUCCUCCUCAGUGCUCCGUGGAGCGUCCUCUGUUACUACGCUGAGGAGAUCAGCCUCAGAGUCCCUCUGCAGGUGGUCACGGCUCCGAUCACUAACUGGUCCUCUCGAGUCUUCUCCCGUCUGUCCCUCCCUAACCCUCUGUCUCAGGACGUCCCCAGACCUCCACCUGACUUCUACAGCUGUCAGUUCAGGACCAGCAAGCUGCAGAGGUUUCUGGGCAGUAACAACAAAGAGACGUUCUUCAAGACGACUCAAAGACACCAGGUGCUGUAUGAGAUCCUGGCCAGGACGACGUACGGCUCGGUGAAAAGAGGGGAGGUGGGAAUCGAUCGACUACUGAGUGAGCAGGUCUUCACUGCUGCCUACCCGCUGCAUGAGGGUGGUUUCCAGCUGCCGAAGCCACCGGUGCCCCUCCAGUGUUUACAUCUGAGAGAGAUCCUGUAUUCGUACUGGGCCACGUGGUCCAACUGGCAACACUACCAACCUCUGGAUCACAUCAGGGAAUACUUUGGGGAGAAGAUAGCGCUUUACUUUGCCUGGCUCGGUUUCUACACCGGCUGGCUGUUGCCAGCGUCUCUUGUUGGGACUGUGAUCUUCUUGUUUGGGUUCUGGAUCAUGGCCACUGACGUUCCAGCGAAGGAGUUGUGUGACAGUGGAGACGGCUUCACCAUGUGUCCUCUCUGUAACAUCUGCACCCACUGGAACUACUCCAGCAUCUGUGUCACCUUCAAGGCCGGUAUCAUGUUUGAUAACGGAGGAACAGUGUUUUUUAGUGUCUUUAUGUCUCUGUGGGCCGUCACCUUUCUGGAGUAUUGGAAGAGGACUUGUUCAACUCUGUCUCACCGCUGGGACUGCUCCGAGUUCCAGGACAUCGAGGAGCGACCUCGUCCAGAGUUCACGGCCAUGGCGCCGAUGACCAUGAGGAACCCGGUGACGGGAGCAGAGGAACCUUACUUCCCUCAUAAGAAACGACUCAACAGAACUCUAACUGGCUGCAUGGUCAUCGUCCUCAUGGUUUUCAUGGUGCUGAUGUUCCUCAUGGCCAUCAUUCUGUACCGAUCCAUCCUCACAGUCGUCAUCUACAAGUCUGGCAGCUUCUUAACCGGCUCCGCCGGGAGGGUAGCCAGUAUUUCAGGAUCCGUGUUGAACCUGUUGGUCAUCCUCAUGUUGUCCAGAGUUUACACCUCACUGGCCCACAUACUCACCCGCUGGGAGAUGCAUCGCACUCAGUCUAAAUAUGAAGACAUGUUCAUCCUCAAAGUCUUCGUCUUCCAGUUCGUCAACUUCUACUCGUCUCCGGUUUACAUCGCCUUCUUUAAAGGAAGGUUCGUCGGUUACCCUGGAAACUACAACACUCUGUUUGGAGUCCGCAACGAAGACUGUGGAGCAGGUGGAUGUCUCAUUGAACUGGCUCAGGAGCUGCUGGUCAUCAUGGUGGGAAAACAGCUGAUCAACAACGCCCAGGAGUUCAUCGUCCCGAAGUUGAAGUGCUGGUGGCAGAAGAGGAAGCAAAGUCAUCGACUGAAGGAGGUGAAGGAGGAGGGAGGAGAGGAGGAGAGGAGGGAGGUGAAGCAGGAGGAAGAGGAGGAGGUUCCUCCCUGGGAGACGGACUACCAGCUGCUGGUCUGUGAGGGACUCUUCAGCGAGUACCUGGAGAUGGUGAUCCAGUUUGGAUUCAUCACCAUCUUCGUGGCGGCGUGUCCUCUGGCUCCUCUCUUCGCUCUCAUCAACAACUGGGUGGAGAUCCGUCUGGACGCUCAGAAGUUUGUGACGGAGUAUCGGCGCCCGGUUGGCGAGCGGGCUCAGGACAUCGGGAUCUGGUUCCCCAUCCUGCAGGUCAUCACCCACGUGGCCGUCCUCAGCAACGCGUUCCUCAUCGCGUUCACCUCGUCCUUCCUACCGAGGCUCUACUACGGCUACACCAGAGACCUCACGCUGAGCGGGUUCAUCAACUUCACCCUGGCAACGUCACCGCGCAACUACAGCCAGCAACACACACCCUGCAGAUAUUGGGGUUUGAGGGAUGCAGACGGCGAUUACCUCCCGGAGUAUUUUCAUCUUCUCGCCAUCCGACUGGCGUUUGUCAUUGUGUUUGAGCAUGUGGUGUUCUCCAUCGGCCGUCUGAUCGACCUGAUGGUGCCUGACGUCCCUGAGGAGGUGGAGAUGAAGAUGAAGAGGGAGCACUACAUGGCCAAACAGGCUCUGGCUGAGAACCAGUCUUUGGGGAAAACCAUAAUUCCUGGUGAGGAGGAAGUCCUGCCCAGCGGUCCGGUAUCCAGACCUUUUGGACCACCACAGAGCGACUCCCCUCCACCAAACCUGAAGGUGAUCCCGGAGGGAACCAGCACACCAGGCAGCUCCUGA